CUUGACGGAAGCUCCGCCCCCGCAGCGGCCCGAGACUUGUCUACACUCUUGUUCUCUUCUGAGCUGGGUUUCUACACUACCUGUGAAGAAUCAGCUGCGGUGCCCACCGCUCAGCGCCUGCGCGGGCUGCAGCCGUCCGUCACCAUGACAGCGACCGCUGGCGGCCCUGGAUCUUGGAGUGAAAAUAUAUUGGAAUAUUUUCUGAGAAAUAACCAGAUCACAACAGAAGAUGGUGCCCAGAUCAUCUGGUGUCAUGCAGCUAACCACAAGGCACAAGUGAAUGAAGCACUGAACAGUACUGCUCAUAUGAUAGAGGCCGACGUCCUUCUUCCACGUGAUGGAUCUGAACAUAGUCAGCCAAUCAUGGCCCAUCCUCCUGAAACAACCAGUGAUAAUACUUUACAGGAAUGGCUGACUGAAGUUAUGAAAAGCAAUAAAGGCAUCAAGCUAGAUUUUAAGAGUCUGGCAGCUGUGGAACCAUCCAUGAGGCUCUUGGAAAAUGUGAAGAGGCAUCUGAAGCGUCCUGUGUGGAUUAAUGCUGACAUUCUUGUUGGUCCAAAUGGAAAUAGCACAGUAGUGGAUGCAAAAUCUUUUAUAGACAUAGUGACAUCUUUCUUUCCAGAUGUGACAUUUUCCUUGGGUUGGACAACAGGAUGGCAUCCUGAGAAAGUUAAUGAAGGAUACAGUUGGGCAAUGGUGAAAGAAAUGGAAUGUAUAUGUAAUGAACUAAGUCAGCCAGUAACAUUUCCUGUCAGAGCAGCAUUAGUCAGGCAGUCUUGUUCUCAGUUACUUUGGCUGUUAAAGAAAUCAAACAGGUACAGCCUGACUAUUUGGACUGGAAAAAAUGAUACCUAUUCCAUUGAAGAUUUACUUUGUAUAAGAGACCAUUUUGACAAAAAACAAGUUUUCUAUGACAUUUUGGAACCACAAAACCAUGAAUUUAAACAGGCCAUUGGAAUCAAAGUUGAUCUCUAAAAAGAAGAUUCUUCUAAGUUAUUUCACAGUUUGAUUUCAUAAUCCUUAUCUGCUUUGGUCUGAAUUAAUUACCAUAUAAAUUAUAAUGAUUGAUUUAUGCUCCAAUUCAUCCCAUCAAAAAAUACUGAGUGUUUACUCUAUCAGGCAUAUGUCCUUAAAACAUUGUACUUACCUGAAAGAUUUGGAAAGAAGUGACUUAGGUAGGCCUAGUGUAGUAAUAAUUUAGGAAAAUGAUACUUGAAGACCCUUCAUAAAAAAGAAUUUUGACUAAAAUGUAAAUAAGGUACAUCAUAGGAAAAGGAAUUUAAAAAAAAAAAAAAGAAUUUUGACCAGCCUGACUGGCCAUAGAUUUUGGGAAAUAUUUAAACUUACUGAGUCUUGGUUUCCUUGUUUCUAAAAUGGGGAACAAAGUAAUUGAGAGAAUUCAUGUGUCAUAACAUAGGUAUAGAUCACAUUUGUUCGCAAUUGCUUUGCAGAGAUUCCACAAAAAUAUGGCAUCUUCUUUCCUUUUUCCUGGAGAACUGGUUAUUUCUGAGACUACAAAAGAAUAAGAGGGCUUUUUAAAUAUUUUAACUUUCACAGGGGCGGGGAACUUUCUCAUAACAAAAUCAAAUCCGUUUACUGAUAAUAGUAUAGAUUAAAUUAGAUGGAUCUAGAAUUUCCAUAUUGUUGGGGCCUGCUGACAGCUAUGUAUUUUUGUUUUGUUUUUUGUUUUUGUAUUCAUUUGGAUCAUAGUAUCUUUAAUAUCCUACCUGACAGAAACUAUUGGAGAGCAUAAUUUUAGUUCUAGUAAUACGUCAUUUGAUUUGCAAGUUUCUUCCAGAACCACCUUCGUUCAGGCCCUUGUUCUACUACUAGAAUUUCAAGGACUAGUUCUUCAUGACUUCAUUGCUCAUACUCUCUUUAUAGAUACCCUGAGUAUUUUUGCUAAAGAAAACCUUUAAACACCCCCUUCUUUAUGCUAAUUAAGAACUUCCAGGGGCUUCUUAAAUUCAACUUUAUUGAAUUUUACUCUUUCAAAAGCCUUCAUACUGUCACCCCACUCUAAAAGUCAACUCAGUGUUGUAGGACACUGAGUUGACUUUUAGAGUCCUUCAUCUAAAAAAUUCCCACAACAUCACUUGUCUCUAGAUCUUACUUUGACAGUUACUUUUAACUAUUUAAUAUAUUUCACUAAAUAUGUUACACAUGUUACUCAUGUCUCCUCAGCUAGAUUAUGAUGUCCUUCAUGCUAAGGGAGAAUUCUUUUUUUUUAAUUGAAGUAUAGUUGAUAUACAAUAUUAUAUUGGUUUCAAGUAUACAAGACAGUGAUUCAACAGUUACAUUAUUUAAAUCCUUACCUCAACUACUGCAGUUACUAUCUGUCAACAUAGAAAGAUGUUACAGAACCAAAGGGAGCAUUCUUAACUGUCCUUUUUGAUGCCUGGUAUAGUCCUGAACGAGGUAUUCAGAAAAACAUGUUGCUUCUUUGAUUUAUUGAAAAGUAAUUUACCAAUGAAUGUCCGAAGUUAUGGAAUUUGCCUUUUGUUUAUCAACCAUUUUCUCCAAAGAAUUAAGUAGUUCUGUGUAGAGAAAAGAGCUUGGGUUUUGAAUUCAGAUGGACUUCCAUUACCAGCCUGACUGGCCAUAGAUUUUGGGAAAUAUUUAAACUUAUUGAGUCUUGAUUUCCUUGUUUCUAAAAUGGGGAACAAAUGAGGAUUGUCUUGUAGAGUUGUUAUAAAGAUUAAGCAAGAUUUUUAUAAAUGGAGUCAUUGAGCUCAGUGCUCAUCACAUAGCAGGUACUCAAAAAGUAAAAUUAGUUCCCUUCUUUUAGACUUACUUGGUCAUAACCAUUGGAGAUAGAUAGAUAGAUAGAUAGAUAGAUAGGUAGAUAGCAGUAAGAGAUACAACAUGAAAUACUAGGCAUGUAAAUUCUCAAAGAAAACAAUUAUAUUUCUAGUUUAAAUUUUACCUCUAAAUGAAUUCAGUGCCGUUAGUCAAAUAACACCUAAAACUUCAUUUUCUAUGGUUGAUUGCCAAAAGCAAAAGGUGAAAUUUCAUAAUUAAAAAUUUUUAACAAUUGCAACAAAGAAUAGCUUUAAAAUCAUAGUAAAAAUUAACGCUUAAUUUAUAAAUUGUCUAAAGUGACUGUGCUUUAUUUUUAUAGAAUUGAAUUUAUAAAUGAACUACAUUUUAAUGAAGUUGAAAUAAAAUUCAUUUGUCCAUUCUGA